AUGAUUGCUCAAAUUUAUGUUGAUGAUAUUGUGUUUGGAGGAAUGUCAAACCAAAUGGUGGAACAUUUUGUCAAACAAAUGCAAUCGGAAUUUGAAAUGAGUUUUGUUGGUGAAUUGACAUAUUUCCUUGGGCUUCAAGUAAAACAAAUGGAUAACUCCAUCUCCAUCUCUCAAAGCAAGUAUUCCAAGAACAUAGUAAAUAAAUUUUGUAUGGAAAAUGCAAGUCACAAUGGGACGCCUGCUCCUACUCACUUGAAGUUAUCAAAGGAUAAAGAAAGUGUUGUAGUUGAUCAAAGUUUAUACAGAAGCGUGAUUGAAAGUUUUCUAUAUCUUACAGCUAGCAAACCAUAUAUUACAGUUUCCGUAGGUGUAUGUGAAAGGUAUCAAGCUAAGCCAAAAAUGAGUCACCUUCAUUUGGUAAAAAGAAUUUUUAAGUACAUCAAUGGAACAAGUGACUACGGGGUGUUAUACUCAAAUGGUUCAGGUUCUAUGCUUGUAGGAUAUUAUGAUGUAGACUGGGUUGGCGGUGCCGAUGAUAGAAAAAGCACGUCUGGUGGAUGUUUCUUUCUAGGAAACCAUUUAAUCUCCUCGUUAAGUAAGAAACAAAAUUGUGUCUCUUUUUCUACUGCUGAAGUUGAGAAUAUUGAAGCUAGAAGUAAUUAUUCUCAACUAAUGUGGAUAAAACAAAUGUUGAAGGAAUACAGUGUCAAACAAGAUGUCAUGAAAUUAUAUUGUGAUAAUCUUAGAGCUAUCAAUUUUUCAAAAAAUCUUAUCCAGCACAGCAGGACCAAGCAUAUACCCAUUGAGAAACUAUUGGCUAAUAUUUUUUACCAAAGCUUUGGAUUCUAA